GAAUUUUGCCCCUGGAUUCUGAAGAAUCUGGUCUUUGUGAAGUCAUUCUAGUUCAUGAGCAUUAUUUGGUUCGUAAACCAGAAAAAGUUUGUUGGGUUGAAGCAGCUGGGACUGUUCGUGACGGUGUCCAAGCAUACACAGCUUUACACUACCUUUCCCAAGUCUCUCCUGGAAAAACUGUCCUUGUAAUGGAUGGAGCAAGUCCAUUCGGCACAAUAGCUAUUCAGUUAGCACAACAUAGAGGAGCUAGAGUAAUCUCUACUGCAUACAGUCUUGAAGAUAAGCAGUACCUGGAGAGGCUUAGACCUCCUGUGGAAGGUAUACGGCAGCCUCUAGUGGCUCGAGUAAUAGAUGUGUCAAAUGGAAAGAUAGAUGUGGCAGAAAGCUGCUUGGAGGAAACGGGUGGCCUGGGAGUGGAUAUUGUUCUAGAUGCUGGAGUGAAAUUAUAUAGUGCUGAAGAUGAAUCAACUUCAAAAUCCCAGUUGCUGCCUCACAAGCAUGAUAUCAUUACUCUUCUUGGUGUUGGGGGACACUGGAUAACAACAGAAAAAAAUCUUCAGCUGGAUCCUCCAGAUAGCCAUUUGUUGUUUCUUAAAGGAGCCACAGUCUCCUUUCUGAAUGAUGAAAUAUGGAAUUUGUCCAAUAAACAGCAAGGGAAGUAUCUCUCCAUCUUAGAAGAUAUAAUGGAGAAAUUAUCAAGUAGCAUUUUCAGGCCUCAGCUGGAUGAACCGAUCCCAUUGUAUGAAGCCAAAGUUUCUAUGGAAAUAGUUCAGAAGAAGCAAGCAAGAAAAAGACAAGUCAUCCAGUUCUGACACACAUUUUCCUGCUUUCUAAGCCUGUGGAAGAUGAAGAAACGUAAUGUAUUUGAGAAGUAGAUCAGUGUACACUUUCAAAUAAUUCUGUAACCAGAAUUUAAAGAUCUUUUGUACCUCAGCACAAAUGGUCUGUGAAGCUCCUGGGACUUCAGGGUUUUUAUCAAUCCACUUGAGCAGAAUGUUCCCAUCAGCAAAUUCUAAAGAAGCAGUCUUGACACACAAGUCUUGUCUGCCCUGCCCCAAUUACAAAUGUCAGUAACAUCUACAGGCAAACACCCUUGCCAUUGUUUUUCAACCAUAAGAAAUUAA